UCACGUGGGGCAUCAGCUGUUGGGCCCGCUCCACGUGCUGCUCGACAUGUGUUCCCAUAUCCCUGCCUCCCUCCAGGGCAUUUGAACCACAGCUGCCAUCGGAGCCCCCACUGGAAGGAGCAGGCCUUCUCCCUUUGUUCCCAGCUCUGGGGACCUGGGAGGCCUGCACCCACCGUUCCUCCCCAGCCUGUCCCUUCCUCCCCAGCCCAUGGGGACGCUCGUGGCCAAACUGCUCCUGCCCACCCUGAGCAGCCUGGCCCUCCUCCCCGCUGUCAGUGUCGCUGCCAAAAGGCGGUUCCACAUGGAGGCCAUGGUCUACCUCUUCACCAUGUUUUUUGUGGCGCUCUACCAUGCCUGCAACGGGCCCGGCCUGUCCAUUCUCUGCUUCCUGCGCCUCGACGUCCUGGAGUACUUCAGCGUCUACGGGACGGCCCUGAGCAUGUGGGUCUCGCUGAUGGCGCUGGCCGACUUUGACGAGCCCAAGCGGUCAACCUUCGUGAUGCUGGGCGUCCUGACCAUCGCCGUGCGGACCUACCACGACCGCUGGGGCUACGGGGUGUACUCGGGCCCCAUCGGCGCGGCUGUCCUCAUCAUCGCGGCCAAGUGGCUGCAGCAGAUGAAGGAGAAGAGGCGCCUGUACCCCGACAAGAGCGUGUACGCCCAGCAGGUCGGCCCGGGCCUCUGCUUCGGGGCGCUGGCCCUGCUGCUGCGCUUCUUCUUCCAGGAUUGGGAGUACACUUACGUCCACAGCUUCUACCACUGCGCCCUGGCCAUGUCCUUCGUCCUGCUGCUGCCCAAGGUCAACAAGAAGGCUGGGAGCGCAGGGGCCCCCGCCAGGCUGGACUGCUCCACCCUCUGCGGUGCUUGCAUCUGACUGUGUGCCACCCCACAGCUCCAGGCCCCAGCCCUGCCCCGGCCCAGGCCUAGCAAGAGUUCUCCAUCCUUCCUGACCCCGGGAAACACCUCUUCUCAGAGCCUGAGAGGUGCCAGGGAUUUGGGAAGCACCUUGCUGGGUGCUUCUUGAAAACACACUUAUUAAGUUUCUCCUGGGUGCUAGGUGCCCGCUGGAAAGAAAAGAACUUUCUCUCGUGGGCCAAGGUCAGGACCGAAGAGAAGAAGCCUGCAGCCAGCGUCUGUCCUCCCCACUCCCCUUCCCCGCGGCUGUAGCCCGGCUGUAGCUCCGCCUGCCCCGUGGUCCCCAUGCUCCCACACCAUCUCUUUCCUCUUGGAAACUGGUAUCACCUCUCCUGACCUCUGCCCUCAGGCUCUGAGCGGGCCAGGGCCAGCAGGGCUGCUCCGUCCCCGGCCCAGGCCUGCCUGCCCCUUGGCUGUCCAUCCAGCCGGGUCCCUGAAUCAAACCAUUUCCAUUCACU